CUUCGUCCCGAAGCCCUCCGCGGCAGCCAUCGUUGUCGGCGCGGCACGCCCCGCCCCCGGCCCCACGGCCACCUUCACCACAACUCCCGCGAUCUCCUCGCCCCCCGGGACGCCGAGCAAGUCGCGCGGCGCGGUGCGUCGCGCCGCGGGCGCGGGCGGCGCGGCGGGCGGCGCGGCGGCGGGGGAGGAGACGCCGGCGGCGACCCCGAUGAGUGCGACGCGCGCGACGCGGCGCUCGUCGCGGCUGGCGGCGGCCUCCGUGGCGACGUCUUGA